CUUGCUUGUUGCUUCUGUGUCUGAAUUUGAAGACAAAAAUACAAAGCAGGAAAAAAUAUAAUUUAAUUUAACCUGUAAUAUUGCAAAGUGCCAUCUGUUUCCAUACAGGGAUUUUGAGGCAUCAAUACAGCAUGUACACAAUGACCAUCGAACAUUGGAUGAAAUUGCUGCUGUUCUGUCUGUACUGCCAUUAUGAGAUCAAUCCUGCGGCAGGUAAACCUGAAUGGAAGUCACCUCAGUUCCCUUGUGAUGUCACCUUCAACACUUCUUACGCCACGAUUGACUGCAAAGGACGUCAUCUGCAUAAAGUACCUCAUGGGAUACCAAGCUUUGCAUCUCACCUCAUCUUAAAUGAAAACUUAAUUGAAAAUAUCACAACUAAUUCAUUUUCUAAUCUGUCUAAUCUCAGUAUACUUGAUCUCAGCUGGGCAAACAGAAAGGAUGCAAUGAAGAUUGAUGUGAAAGCUUUCAAUAACCUGACAAAACUCUAUCAUCUCAAACUAACAGGCAUUCAUCUUAAAGAAAUUCCCAGGAAUAUCCCUCCUAGUGUGAAAAUCCUUGAGCUAAACUACAACCACAUUGUGUUUUUUAAUAACAGAAACCUUAAGAGUUUAGAAAAUGUCACGCACCUGUGGAUAUCCAAGAACUGCUACACCUGGAACCCUUGUAAAACGUCGGUUAACAUUACAGAAGAUAGUUUUAAGGUCAUAACCAAACUACUGGCUCUGGAUUUGUCCUUUAACAACUUGACCGAGGUUCCCAAAGGAUUACCUCACUCACUAAAAAUGUUAAAACUAGGCUCUAACAAAAUUCACUGCAUAUCUGAAAAUGACUUUUAUGGACUACUUAACAUCGAAACUCUACACCUACAAGGGAACUGUCCAAGAUGUCAAAAUGCUCCAUAUCCAUGUGUUCCAUGUCCAAAUGGUUCUCUUGACAUCCAUCCAAAUGCUUUUCACAAUUUAACACAGCUUCAAUAUUUGCACCUCGCAGGAAACUCACUAGAUUAUCUGAACCCGUCUUGGUUUUUGAAGCUGUCCAAGCUUAAAGAAUUGUAUCUAUCAUUUAACUUUUUAACAAAGGUAAUUACUGAUAAUGCAACAUUCCUAAGAUACAUUCCUAAAAUAGAAAAAAUUGAUCUGUCUUUCAACUUUGAGCUGAAGAAGUACCCGAAAACUGUCAAGCUUUCAGAAGAAUUUUCCAAACUUAGGUUUCUAAGGACUUUACAUUUGAUGGGACUGGUCUUCCAGAGUAUUGAACCAGACACACUCAGACCUUUGUACAAACUUGAAAAUCUGACUGCAUUGAACCUGGGAACUAAUUUCAUCAUCAACUGUAACGCCUCCAUCUUCAGCCAACUACCCCAACUCAAAAUGAUAUACCUUGCAGAAAACCGCCUGUACCCUGUUACAGACAACAGUCCCCCACAUGUGAGUGGCUGCUACAGUGGUAGGUCAGAUCUUACCAUUUCAACAUUAUUAUUACCCCAUCAAAAAGACUUUGCUAUUGAACUAUCUCAUGGUCUGAUCAAACAAGAGUGCUUCAACUCUGGACGAGUACUAAUCCUCAGCUCAAAUAAUCUGUUCUUCAUUUCAUCUAAGCAAUUUGAGGGCUAUGGAAACAUUGCAUGUCUCAACCUAUCAGGAAACGGAUUUUCAGCAGCACUGAAUGGCACAGAGUUCUCCGCGCUGCCUAAUGUGACAUACCUGGAUCUGUCCAACAAUAGGAUUGAUCUGGCUUUUGACAAUGCCUUCAAAGAACUAAACAAACUUCAAGUACUAGACAUCAGUUAUAAUUCACACUACUUUGAAGCAUAUGGGGUAACAAAUAAUCUAAACUUUUUAAAAAAUCUACCAUAUCUCAGAGUCUUAAAUAUGAGUCAUAAUUCAAUUUCCAGGUUAUCAACCAAACAGAUGUAUAGCAAAUCAUUGUCAGAACUUCAGUUUACAAAUAAUAAUCUUGGAAAACUUUGGAAAGAAAGGGACCACUCGUACAAUAUGCUUUUUACUCAUCUCACAAAUUUGACUAUUUUAGAUAUAUCACAUAACAGAAUUACAAAGAUUUCACACCAUGUUUAUGAUUCCUUGCCACAUAAUCUCACCCUACUACGCAUAAGCCAUAACUCCCUCACCGAUUUCAGAUGGGAUCGCCUGAAGGCUUUCUGUCACCUCAAAUUAUUAGACCUAAGUUUUAAUAAGUUCACUAAUGUGACAGGCAUAAAUGCAAACAUUAGUCAAACUUUGGCUUUUCUGGACUUGAGUCAUAACUACAUUUUGGAGCUUGACUUUACAUUCAACAAAGGUCCAAAUAGCCUGACGACUCUAAGUCUUAGCAACAACAAACUCACUACCAUCAAUCAAUCUACCUUCCAAUUAGGAUCUGAUUUUCACAUUCAGACCUUGUUCUUACAAAGAAACCCUUUUGAAUGUACCUGUGACUUAUUCAAUUUAAUUCUGUGGAUUAAAAACAGUGGUGUAAAGAUUCCAAGACUGACCCCAGAUGUGACCUGUGGAGCUCCAGAAAAUCGGAAAGGUCAACUGCUGAUACAUUUUGACAUCAACCAGUGUGUCAAUAACAACAUGACAUUCCAGCUUUAUAUUCUCACAAUGUCCUUCAUUGCUACUUUUAUGUUAGUAGCAACUGCUGCUCACUUAUUUUACUGGGAUGCUUCCUAUCUAAUACACUAUUUGAAAGCUAAACUGAAGGGAUACAAACCCUUCAACUCACCAGACUGCAUAUAUGACGUCUUUGUGACUUAUGACACCAAAGACUCACAAGUGUCUGAGUGGGUGAUGAGAAACCUGCGAGUGAAACUGGAAGACGAAGGAGAGAAGCAUCUUCCUCUGUGUUUGGAGGACAGAGAUUGGGCCCCAGGAGUCCCACUGAUAGACAACCUCACUCAGAGCAUUCGAUAUAGUCGCAAGACUCUGUUUAUUCUAACAGAGGGGUAUGUUAAGACCGGAGUUUUCAAACUGGCAAUGUAUCUGGCCCACCAAAGACUUUUGGAUGAAAAUGUGGAUGUGAUUGUGCUGCUAAUGCUAGAGCCCGUCCUACAACACUCUCCCUUCCUGCGCCUCAGAAGAAGGCUGUGUGGGAAAAGUGUCCUAGAGUGGCCGAGAACAGCAGCCGCAGAACCCUGGUUUUGGCAAAACCUGAGGAACCUUGUGAGAGUAGACAAUCAGGUGAUCUACAGUAAGACAUAUUCCAAGUACUUCACCAUCAAGUGAAGUAGGACUGGAUCAGCCAUCAGUAUGUGGACCAUUAUACCUGCUUGGAUACUUGUUCUAAAGCCAUUGUAGCAAUCAUUUUUUUCACGGGACUUGAUUUUGUUUUUGUUCGCUAAUACAAUACCAGGGAGAAGGAUUGUAAUGUAAUUAAUAUGAACACCUUACUGUGUAUCACCAAAUAAGUUUAUUUAAAAUAUUUGUCCUAUAUUUGGCUUUAAGAUCAAUUACUGUAUUCAGUGUACAAAAUGGUAAUUUAAUCUAUAUAGUAACAUAACAUGUUUUUUCUUGGAUUGUGGUUAUUAAUUUAUUGACCACAUUGUGUUGUCUCUGAUACAGUUUUAAUAGGACAUAUGGUUUAAAAUGAAAUUUGCAUGUCCUACACAUAAAUCAUGUUGUAGCAUUGCUUUUUUCCUCUGUGGCAAACCUGGAAUUCCUAUCAUAUUAAAUAUUGUUUUCCAUUGGGCCAAGAAAUUUUCAUUAAACUCAUUUAUCUCAACUAAUGUAAAACAGCUUCUGACUGCUUACAAAAGGCAGUUCAUUUUCUUCUAAUUAAGGCACAUACCUCCCACCUAGGUCUGUCAUUUGAAAACUAAGCAACACAUGUAUUAACAAUAGUACAUUCAAGACUCCUUUCUACUUACUCACCAA